GACUAUGAAGAAUUUUCCGACGAAAAUUGUGAUUCGGCGACUGCCGCCUAAAUUAAAAGAAGCCGAUUUCCUUGAAAUUGUCCACCCACUGCCGGCACACAGCUACUUUCGUUUUUGUUCACCUGAUCCAACGCUCGGUAAUCUUGGGUUCUCCCGGGCCUACAUAACCUUCAACGAUGUUGAUUCUUUAUUCGAGUUCAAGGAACGUUUUGACAAUUACGUGUUUGUAGAUUCGGAGGGAAAUGAGUCAUUCGCUCUCGUGGAAUUCGCGGUGUGUCAGACCUUGGCAGGGACUAAAGAGUCGCCGUCAGGAAAGAAAACCGAAAAGGUGGAUAAAAAGAAAGGUACCCUUGAUGAGGAUCCUGGGUUCCAGGCAUACCUUAAGACUUUGAAGCCAAGUGAAACCAACGCCGAGGCUGAAGGUGAAGCAAAGAAGACACCAUGGGAGACUAUACUGGAAGAAAUCCAAGCGCAAGAGUCUGCCACAGAUAAAUCGCAAGAGGUGACGCCUUUGAUUGCAUAUCUAAAUCAACGUGACGCUGAGACGAGGCGCAGAGAAGAUGAGGCUAACCGACAGAGGAAACCGUUUAAACAGCAUAUCGGCGGGGGACAACGGAAAAUCUCACGUGGCGAACUUCCAGCCCGCGCUCCACCGUCUUCGGCUCGUCGUGGUGCAGAACCUAAGAGAGGCUUUGGCUCAUAUCAUUUACGAGAUUCGAAGGGAUCUCCUGCAAAACUCGAGGAGGACGGUGAAAAGUCAAUGAGAGACGGAAAAUCUACAAAGACUGCCAGUCAAUCGGAUCUCUAUUAUGAGGAAUUUCCAGCCAUGCAAGGAACACAGCAACGUACCACAAGGCCUAAUUUAGGCCCAUGGUCUGAUCGCCCUACUGUAUGGACUGGUAACGCACCGUGCUCCGAAAAACGCGAUGAGAAAUCCCUCGAUGGCCGCACUACUCCCCGACACGAUCCUGAGUCAACCGAUUCUUCCACCCCCACGCCACCUGCUUCUGAGCAUGCCUCAUUUAAGCCUGAUGCAACGGGUGAGUCACCAAAGUUGACACGCCGUGUUCCACUGGGCAAGGACCGCAAGUCGUACGACUCCAAAGAGAGGACUAUGAGUGAAUCUGCGUUGUGCGAUUCAUUCACUGCGACAGAAUUCUUCUCUCCAGAGGCCGGGGUCCCUACUCGCGAAUCCGCAUACCGUGGUAGACGCGGCAAUUACUUCUCAACUCGCGCCAUGACUGGCUUUUCUGGCCACACUCGGAAGCCCGGAAAGCCCAUGCGAGGACGCCGUGAUUCAGACGGUGGCCUUCCUCUGCAUGAGUUCGUAGACUCGGAAUCGCCUACGGAAAAUGGAUCGAAAUUAUCUUCGAAGUCUUUGAGUGGCAGAAUCCGCAGAGGUUCUGUGAAGACCGGAAAUCCUAUGUCAGAAUCCGAGAGCUCAGGCUACUUCCGUGGCAGCGGGAAAACUUCAUACCCGAACCAAUGGAAUUCCGGGUCCGCAUAUCCCCCAGAUUCACUCGAUGAUUAUCGGCAGGGUUACGGAAGUGAUCAGUCUUACAACCUUACGCCAAGACGAGGUAGCUGCAAUCCGUCACACCGUGGUCGGGCUACUUCUGGAACUGGCACUAGUCGCCGUCCGUUCAACUCUAAAGCUAGUGGCCGGUCUGAAUCCUGACGAAUUGGCUCAUCCAGUUGUGCCUAGAAGUGCUUCAGGCGCUCCAGCCUGUGUGCGCUUGUGGUGCACAAGAGCAGAGAUCUCAUCUACACACCAGUUUCUGAUGUUUUCGUCUCUGCCUUUCUGAAAUUUCCUUCGUUCAACCCUUUAACUACUACAGUAUGGUUAGCAGACUCCACAAAAUGUAUAUACGAUAAUUACAUGAUUAUGCUCUUUGUAUAUCA